AUGGGAUAUUCAAGGAAACUCACAUAUCUUUAGUAAGCUCUGGCAAUUGCCAUUAAUUAUUAGAAAAAUCCAACAAGAAACUUAGUUCCUGCUUGUGAUCUUUCAUGCUCUGGAUUCCCCUCUUACUCUCUUGGUUCUGUAACUGGCUCUUGGUCUUAUUCAGAUCUAUUAGCUAACAGAUGUACCUGGCUUACUGCUCCUACUCAAGCAGAUCCUUGUACUAUUACCUAUUACGUAAAAGACUUCACAACUUAAUAGCCCUAUACCGGAACUGACAUUAUAAUUACGAGGCAGGUUGUCUCUGUCGUGGAGAAAAGUGAUGUAAAUACAAUUAAAAUAUAUACAUAUCCAACUAGUUGCUCUGCUGGAGUAUUAACUGCUAAUACACAAACGAAUCUGAUAUCUCAAUAUGAUCUAUCUGUAGGAACAAAAUAAACUUUUUGGAAAACUAAUUUCAAAUCAUCAUCUACUUGCGACAGAAUAAAAAUUGAUCUCGUAAUUACUCCAUAACCUAUUGAUGUUUUCUACUUAAUUGAUUCAGAUGCUUAGACUAUUUAUAUCUAAAGUUCGAAUUUGGACUUGGUGAAUACUUAAUACAGUAUAAAAGUUCAAGCAUGGUCAGCUUAUGAUAAUUCAAAAAAGCUAAACACUACUGCUGUUACUUUUAAAUUAUGUACAUGCUGCUAACUGUCAAUAAGUCCUCCUGGAAAUGAAGCAUUCACAGUCACCCGUAAUGACUUUUCAGAACCUAUAUAUCUGAUACCUUGGAUUGUAACUCCUCUAGAAUGUGAUACCACUUUAAAAGUAGCCAAAGAUUCUCAAGGAAAUCCAUUCCCUAACAAUAUUUUACUUUACAAUAGCGUCAAUGAUGAAAUUACACUUUCUUCAUUCAGAUAUAAUGUUGCAACUAUGAAUGUAUAUAUCUGGUAUUUAACAACUUCAUAUAUGGUUACAAUUACUUAUGAUUUUAAGUGCGAUAUAAGCUACUGUUAAGUAACCCCUCCUUCACAGACAGACAUUAUUUUAGAAAUUGAUGGGGCUGAAAUAGCUGCUUAAACAUUCCAUUAUAUCUGCGAUAUUGCAUUCAUAAAUAAUUGUGGCUCUCCUACUUAUUAGUUAGGAACUUUGACAACUGGUGUUUAAAAUACUGGAACUUCAAGCAACCCAAAAUUUAAAGCAAACUCAACUGCAACUGUUGGCUAGUAUAAUUUAAAUUAUGACAUUUACUACACUGCAGGAGGUGUGAUUGGAACAAAAAGUUCAGUCACCUUUGUACUGAUUAUAAGAUGUCCUCCUCCUUCGGUUACAGCACCAAUUGAUGAAGCUUUUACUAUUAAUCCCAGCACCUAUUUAAUUCCUAUAUAAUUAUCUCCGUGGAUUGUUACUCCAACUAAAUGUGAUACAUUUCCUAAAUUUGCUAAAGAUUAAAAUGGAAAUUAAUAUAGUAAUGCAGUGUUAACCUAUAAUAGGUUAGCAAACAAGAUUACACUUUCUACUUUCAACUUUAAAAAUCCAAGUAUAGAAGUCUAUAUAUGCUGUGGGCAGCCUACAACAUUGCUAGGGACAUUGCCAGCAGGAAUUUAAAACACAGGAACUGAAAGUAGUCCAUCAUUCAAAGCAGAUAUAUCCUCAACUUUAGGCACUUAUUUCGUAAAUUAUGAUUUAUACUACACUGUCAAUAAUGUGAUAGGAACGAAGUUUUCUAUUAAUUUUGGAAUAACCAUUAGUUGUCCCAAAAAACUUAUAAUUACAUCUCCUGUGGAUGAGACAUUCUCUGUCACUGUUAAUAAUUAUGCUACGCCUGUUCAAUUAUCUAAAUGGUCGAUUAUACCUCCACAGUGUGAUGCCACAUCUAAAAUAGCAAAAAAUUCAUUAGGAACUCAAUAUAAUAAAGAUGUUUUAAGUUAUGAUAGUUCAAAUGAUUAAAUAACUCUAAGCUAAUUUAGAGUAGACAUUCCAAUGCUUGAAAUCUACAUAUGCUGUGAAAGUGCAUUUAUAGAUAAAUGCGGACAACCAAACCUGAAAUUGGGCUCAUUACCCACAGGGAUUAUAAAUAUUGGAACUAAGUAUUAUAUUGGAGAUGAUACAUUAGUGAUAAGUCUCUAAUCUGAAACACUCCCAUUAAACUGCCAUAGUUACUCAAUUUCUAAUAUUAAUCCAUUGCCUAAUUAUGCAACUAUUGCCAGUGAUUCUGAUAUAUUCACACUUCAAGUAUAUACUACCUCAGAGGUAAACAUUGGGAUACAUGAUAUUGAGCUUACCUAUACAAUCAAGGAUUAUCCUAAUCAAAUAGCAAUCCCUUAUCUUUUAAAAUUAGCAAUUGACAAGCAUCCUGUUGCAAUAGUCUAAGUUAUCAAUCUUGAGAAUUAAUGUGCUCCAAUCUUCUCCAAUAAAAUUGAUGAUGUAGAGAUUAUGUAAAAUGAGAAGAAAACUAUACUAAUACCCCCUUUUACUGAUUGUGAUAUAUAGGAUAAACCCUCAUAUAAAGUAACUGUGGGAGCAGCUGAAUUUGUAAAGUUAAGCCAAGGCAGACUAAUUUUGUUGCCUUCUUACUAAUAUGAUGGCUUUUACACUGUAGAUAUUACUCUCUGUGAUAAUGCUCAUUUGCCUAAGUGUAGCUAUCUAUCAUUUAAUGUUCAUGUCGAGAAGGAAGCCACUUAAAAUACAACAGCAAAUUCUACUAAUAGCAGCUCUUUAUCAACAUAUGUUCCCAAUUAUAAAAAAUAAAAGCAGACUGUUAAGGAUUAGUCUGUAAAGCAACUUUAAAAUUGGAAUAGUGAAAAAUUAGUUGCUAGAAUAAUAGAAUUUACAGUGGGAGGAAGAAUUAAACUUGUGUUUAACAGAGAGGUAAACAUGCCAGAAAAUGUUACAAAGAUUCUUAAUUUGUUCAUUAUGCCUUAUGAAAGAUAGGAAAGAUAUUAUCUAAAUUUUACUUGGCAGAAGGUAGGCAAACAUACUGAAUUUCUAAACUAAAUUUAUACUUUAGAAGAGGAGCAAUAAAUAGAAUCAUUGGCUACAGCUACUCAAGUUACAAUUAUUGCAGGACUUUCCUUAGGAUUUGCAUUCCAAUUCUUUAUUUUAUCUUCCCUACUUCUAGGUUUUGUUUCCAUCUAAUGCAUUACAAUUUCUGAAGAUACUCGUAGACAUAUCUAAUUUAAAAUUGCUACCCAAUUUGGAUGA